CUCUGCAUGGCAAAAUAUCUUACACUAAUUUUAUUUUCUUUGUUUGAUAACAAAUUUAUCGGCUAAGCAUCACUUAAAUUUAAUACACGUUAUGAAGACUUAAACCACGUCACACUAUAAGAACCUUACAGGCUGUCAAACACCCUUCCCUACCCACUCACAUCUCUCCACGUGGCAAUCUUUGAUAUUGACACCUUAGCCACUACAGCUGUCACACUCCUCUCUCGGUUUCAAAACAACAUCUCUGGUAUAAAUACCUCUGUAUAUCUUUAUAAACCCCAAAUCAAAACCUCUCCUAUAUCUCUUCAAUCUGAUAUAACUACCCUUCUCAAUGGCUUCUAAUUACCGUUUUGCCAUCUUCCUCACUCUCUUUUUCGCCACCGCUGGUUUCUCCGCCGCCGCGUUGGUCGAGGAGCAGCCGCUUGUUAUGAAAUACCACAACGGAGUUCUGUUGAAAGGUAACAUCACAGUCAAUCUCGUAUGGUACGGGAAAUUCACACCGAUCCAACGGUCCGUAAUCGUCGAUUUCAUCCACUCGCUAAACUCCAAAGACGUUGCAUCUUCCGCCGCAGUUCCUUCCGUUGCUUCGUGGUGGAAGACGACGGAGAAAUACAAAGGUGGCUCUUCAACACUCGUCGUCGGGAAACAGCUUCUACUCGAGAACUAUCCUCUCGGAAAAUCUCUCAAAAAUCCUUACCUCCGUGCUUUAUCCACCAAACUUAACGGCGGUCUCCGUUCCAUAACCGUCGUUCUAACGGCGAAAGAUGUUACCGUCGAAAGAUUCUGUAUGAGCCGGUGCGGGACUCACGGAUCCUCCGGUUCGAAUCCCCGUCGCGCAGCUAACGGCGCGGCUUACGUAUGGGUCGGGAACUCCGAGACGCAGUGCCCUGGAUAUUGCGCGUGGCCGUUUCACCAGCCGAUUUACGGACCACAAACGCCGCCGUUAGUAGCGCCUAACGGUGACGUUGGAGUUGACGGAAUGAUUAUAAACCUUGCCACACUUCUAGCUAACACCGUGACGAAUCCGUUUAAUAACGGAUAUUACCAAGGCCCACCAACUGCACCGCUUGAAGCUGUGUCUGCUUGUCCUGGUAUAUUCGGGUCAGGUUCUUAUCCGGGUUACGCGGGUCGGGUACUUGUUGACAAAACAACCGGGUCUAGUUACAACGCUCGUGGACUCGCCGGUAGGAAAUAUCUAUUGCCGGCGAUGUGGGAUCCGCAGAGUUCGACGUGCAAGACUCUGGUUUGAUCCAAGGGAUGUGAGUAAGACACGUGGCAUAGUAGUGAGAGCGAUGACGAGAUCUAGACGGCAUGUGUAGUCAAAAUCAAGUUGCACGCGAGCGUGUGUAUAAAAAAAUCUUUCGGGUUUGGGUCUCGGGUUUGGAUUGUGGAUAGGGCUCUCUCUUUGCUUUUUGUCGUUUUGUAAUGACGUGUAAAAACUGUACUCGGAAAUGUGAAGAAUGCAUAUAAAAUAAUAAAAAAUCAUUUUGUUUCUACUUUAUCAAAUUUAAUAAUGCAUUCGGUUUUGCAGCAAGAAUGAUCAAAGCUUGUAUUAGUACUAAUUAAUUUAUUUAAAGGUAUCUGACCUUUUUAAAAAAUGUUAGUGGGUAUAGAGGAUAAUAAUGUUAUUUGUUGUAUUUAAUUUUGUAAUAAAAUUGAUAACUAAAGAAAGGAAGAUGUGUUGGGGCCUA